UCGCUCAUUGGUAUCUACUGUCAGUUCUAUUAGAGUGCCUUUAACCUUUCCAGUCUCUAACUUCUAUAACUACUCUAUAACACUGUCGUAUACGGAUAGAUGUGUUGAGACAUUUGUUGUUCUUUGAUGUGUUUCUCCUAUGUUUUCAGUUUCGUUGAUUAAGAAGUUUACAAACAUACUGAGCGUCAGAACAGUGGCUUACGAUUACAGUGGUUGUAACUAUGUAAAUUUGCAGAGAUUGUCAAUUAUUAUUACUCUUUAUCAUAGAGAUUUACAGCCCAGGCGUAUUCAUCUCUUUGAAGUUGUCUGGAUAAGCUUUGAAAGUGCAGAUGAGCUUCGGAAAUCAGCCCUCGGCUUCACCAAGCGAGUCAAAGCGCCAGAAACGUCCACAAGAGCAGCAGAGCGCCGCCGAUUCGGUAUGUCGCGUCUGUAUGGGCUGGCCGUCCGAUUCGGGCCCGAUGGUUGAUCUCUUCGUUGGACAGGUACAGGGGAUGAUUCUGGCCGAAGUGUUGGCACUGAUCGGAGCAGUGAAGCCGGCGACGGAAGACGAUCGGCUGCCCAAGGAAUGUUGCGAUGGGUGCCUGAACGCACUGGAGAGUGCUUACAACCUCAGGAUGUUGUGCCAAGACUCGGAUCGGAAGCUACGAGAUGUAUUCUUGUCGGAUGGAAAGACCGCUGUUGUGAAGAAAGAAAUCGAUGAGGAUAAUAAGUUUAAUGCACUGGAUGAGAUGGAAAGUCGGUGUAAAUCGGAGCUAGCUGAGAUGCUGACCUUCCGAGAAGCUAUAGUCUCGGAGAGUAUACAUGCACCGAAGUUGGAGAUCAUUGAUUACAUAAGCGGAGAAGAGAGUCAUGAGAUGGAGGAUGAUGGAGAUGGAAGAGAUGAUACGGCGGAGGAUAACAUGGAUGCUGACUCGAGUACAUAUGAGUCAGUUGAAGAUCAGAAUGUAUUUGAUGUAGUGAAAGCCGUUGUUUUUAAAUGUUGCGGUUGCAAACUCAUUUUCAACACUUCAGAGGAUUUGAAAGUUCAUUCUAACGAAGUCCACGACGACACGAAUCUGCCGGAACAGGUAUUUAGGGGAUCACGAUAUAGGAAGCAGUGUGAUAUCUGUUACAAAAUGUUUUGCAAUGGACAUGCUUUACGGAAACAUAAACGAAAAGACAAACUGAACUUUCGCUGCAAGGUUUGUGGAGAUGUGUUUUGGACCCGAAAGAGGGUGUACCUCCAUUAUGAAGGAGUGCACGGUCCGAAUCCAGUGAUCAAAGGUCCUUCGAAAGUUUGCUGUGCAGGUGCAUGUCAGGAGCAAUUUGAAACCGAAGAACAACUUAGGGAACAUAGUGUGUCGGUACAUCUGCCGGAGAAGCCAGCGCCGGAUCCCUCCCGUCCAUUCUCCUGCAACGUUUGUUAUCGCUGCUUCAAAUCCGACGCGCUGCUGUACACUCAUCAGUCCCGAAUGCUAAGACCUCGGAUACGUUCCAAAAACCACGUUUGCGUCCAGUGUGGAAUGGCGUUUCCAUGUCCUUCAGCGUUACGACAUCAUGAAGUAACUCAUACUGGCGAAAAAGUGUUCCAGUGUCCCAAAUGUCCCAAAGCUUACAGCAACAGGGAAACCUACAGAAAGCAUGUAGCUAGCCACAACUUGCCAGCGGACAGAUUCAAAUGCGAUACAUGCGGAACGUGUUAUAAAACUCACAGAGCAUUGAGACAGCACAGGGCACAACAUACCUUUCAAUAGCUUCUGUCCGAAACGUUUCACGAUGAAGAAUCUUCGCAAAUUGCACAUAUGGUCAGUGAUCACCCCGAGGAACUUCGAAACAAUCCGCUUCCACCGAUCGAGCUCUUCGUAAACCGGGAUUGCACCGACAUAAAUCAGAAGAAGCUUUUUUACGAUCACUAGGAAUGAUAGAAUAAAGCUGUGGCAGGUUAACUACUUAUCGAGAUAUUGAAAUUCUUCGGUGUUUUUUCAUUCGAUGAACAAGUCCCUAUAGAGCAAACUCUUGCCUGUAUGCCUCACAAUAUUCCUGUAAAGAAGUCUAGGUAAACUUUACCAGUUAUGGGCUUUGCAACUCCCUGUUCAGCCGUAUUUCAUUUUAGGAAAAUGUUCAUGUGAUGCAUCAUUUCGUU